AUGAUAAUGGGCAGGAAGAAGAGUGCCAACGGUAUCGUGGGCGCCACUGCCAGACGCUUCGGCACCGGCGCGGCGUCCAAGCAGAGGCGGUCGCGGCGUGGCCGGGGCGGCAGGCCCCCGGCCGCGCCAAAGGCCGCGCCCAGGGAACCCGCGACCAGGCCGCCGAGGGCCGCCGUGGGGCUCGGCGCGGAGAUUUGCGGCCACAUCCUCGACCUGACCUACGCGGAGCCGGAUGGCGCCAGGACGUUCCGGGUGCGCGUCCUCAAGUUCGACCAAGUGAGAGG